UUGCUUUCUGCUGCACUUGGCUCUACACCUACAGCAUCCUGUAUAUUAUACUAGCUACCUCGGCGCCAUUUUGGGAGCAACCCAGGAAGCAGUCGCUUCAGCCUUUCCCUUUUGUUUCUUCCUGUGCACAGCACACAAGGGUGCUACUAGCUCUGAAUGCAUCGCAGCAGCCAGCAGGCACAGGGCCUCAGCAGACCUGCAGCCAAGCUAAUGAAAUGGUGGCUAGCUCUGAACGCCGUGCAGCGCCAGCAGCCACCACCACCUUGGCUCGAUCCUGCCAUCUAGCUACACCUGUCUUGCUCCUGCCUCUCCUUCCUUACUUGUUCAUCCCCCCGCUUCUCUUCUCCCUGCCAAAUGCCAUGCAUGAUGUGGUUCAUCUUCGUCUCUUCUUCUUCUUCUUCUUCUUCUUCUUCUUCUUCUUCUUCUUCCUCCUCCUCCUCCUCUCUACUCUUCUGUUCAGAGUUGAGAGUGUCAGACACUGAGACACGGAGAGACGUUAAGAGAGGAGAGGCUCUCUUCAUCUGUUACAUACAUCAUCCCACCAGUGACUCAACAGGUGAUCUGUCUAGCUGCAUGAGCAGUGCUUGAUAUCGUGUGUCUCAAUUUGUGUAGCUGCGUGCUCCCAAGGAAUGCAGAGAACGGGAUCAUCAAUGGCUGCGCGGUGCAGCGGCGGCUGCGACGGGCGUGAGGACGGCGCGGUGGAGGCGCUGGUGCAGUGGCAGAAGGUGAGCGACUUCCUCAUCGGGGCGUCCUACAUGUCCAUCCCGCUGGAGCUGCUGCACUUUGCCACCUGCGCCGACCUCGCGCCGCUCCGCUGGGUGCUCCUCCAGUUCGGCGCCUUCAUCGUCCUCUGCGGCCUCGUCCACCUCGCCGCCGUCUUCACCUACGCCCGCCCGGACUCGCGCCGCCUCCUCGUGGCCAUCACCGCCGCCAAGGCGCUGGCCGCGGUCGCCGCCUCCGUCGCCGCCGUCUCCCUCCCCACCUUCAUCCCGCAGCUGCUCCGCCUCAAGACCCGCGAGGCGCUCCUCCGGGACAAGGCGCGCCAGCUCGACCGCGACGUCGCCCUCGUCAGGCGCCGCGAGGAGACCGCCGCGCGCGUCGUCCGCGCCAUCGCGCAGCACAUCCGUGGUGGUGGUAGCGGCGGCGGCGGCGCUCUCCGGCCUGACGCGCUCGCUGUGCUGCACACAGCCGUGUUCCACCUCUCCGACGCCCUCGGCCUCAGCAGCUGCGCCGUCUGGAUGCCCGCGGCGGCCAGUGAUGAUGGCCCCGGCUUGCUCCACCUGGUCCAUCAGCUGCCUGAAGAUGAGCACCAAGCCCCGACGAUGACGACGAGGAAGGCCAUUCGCAUCACUGACCCCGACGUGGCCGCCGUCAUGGCCACCAACGACGCCAAGGUGCUGAGGCCGGGCUCGGCGCUCGGGACGACGUCUGGUCAUGGACGUGCGGCUGCCAUACGGAUGCCGAUGCUGCGGGCGUCCAACUUCGUCGACGCAUCAUCCUCAGGAUCAGAUGGGCAGGGAGCUGCUGUGAGCUACGCGAUCAUGGUCUUGGUUCUUCCGGCUCCAGCUCCGACUACCAAGAAGCACAGGACUAGAGGAGGACACAGAGUAGGAGGUGCACGGGAGUGGAGCAGGCAGGAGCUGGAGAUCGUGGAGGUUGCGGCGGACCAGCUAGCCGUGGCGCUGUCGCACGCGGCGGUGCUGGAGGAGUGGCAGCUGACUCGGCACAAGCUGGCGGAGCGGCAGAGGGUCCUGGCGCAGGCCCGGCACGACGCCGCGGUGGCCACCGGGGCCAGGGACGCCGCGCAGAGCGCCAUGCGCGACAGCGUGCUGAGGCCGAUGCACUCCGUCGCGGGGCUGCUCUCGCUGAUGCAGGCGCAGCAGCAGCAGGACGGGGCCUUCCGUUCCGCCGAGCAGAGAGUGGCCGUGGAUGCCAUGGCCAGGAUCAGCGCCCUCUCCUCCACGCUGACAGACGACGUCAUGGCCGCUCUGCUGACGCCGACGACGGCUACCCGUGGUGAGCCGGCGUCGGCGGCUCCCGGCGUCAGCUUGGCGCGGAGGCCGUUCGAUCCCCGCGCGCUGGUCAAGGACGCGGCCGGCGUGGCGGGGUGCCUCGCCCGUUGCAGGGGGCUCGGCUUCUCGCAUCGGGCGGAGAUGAGCUGUCUGCCCGCCGAAUGCUGGGUGGCCGGCGACGACAGACGAGUGUUCCACCUCCUGCUGCACAUGCUUGGCGUUCUGUUGGACCGGUGCGAAUGCCAUUGCCAUGACCUCUGCUUUGCCGUGGACGCUGUGGUGGGUGACCAAGAGACCAUGUCAGGCUCAGGCCUCCCUGAUUGGAUGACCCCCAAUUUCUAUGGCUGCAACACGGUGUGCAUCAGGUUCCGAUUUGGGAUCACAAGACACUUCAGAGACAGCUUACUGCUUUCGUGCAGCCCACCAUCGAGACCUCAAGAUAGAACCAGAAGAAGCACCAGCAUCAGUUCACUCAGCUCCGAGACGCGGCUAAGCAUCGCUGCGUGCAACAAGAUCGUGCAGAUGAUGAACGGCAAGAUGUGGCGGGAAUCCACGUCAGAGUCGAGAUGCCAGCAUGGGGAGCACAUGAGCCUCAUCCUGCACUUCCAGCUGGGCUAUGGAGUGGCAUCACCCUCUGCCACCUCCCGAUCAGGCGGCGGCGGAUUCUACCGCGUCGGUGGCAGAUUCAGAGCGCCGUCAUCGUCCACCGGUGCUCCUCCUCAGUACUUCAACGGCCUGCGGAUCCUGCUCUCGGACAGUGACGACACCAGCCGGGAGGUGACGCGGAAGCUCCUGGAGAGGCUCGGCUGCCAGGUGCUGCCGGUCCCGUCGGCCGCGCACUGCCUCAGCCUCCUUCUGGGGAGCGACGACGCCGGCGGUGGCCAUCACCAUCAGCUUUCGUUCCAGUUCCCCUACUUGCAACUCCAGGCGGUGCUUCUGGACCUCCACACACCUGCCGCAGCUAGCGCUGACGCUGCCAGUGCAAUGGAUGACGGGUUUGAGGUCGCCCUCAGGAUCCGGGAGGUCACCGGGGGCAGGUUCAGCUGGCUGCUCAUACUUGUCGCGCUGCCACUGCCACCGAGAGCAAGCUGCAUCGACAUCCGCGACGUGUGCAAGCGGACGGGGGUCAAUGGCGUCAUCCAUAAACCCAUCACGCUGGCAGCACUGGCAGCUCAGCUUUACAGGGUUCUCCACAACGACAACUGAUCAGUGAUAGAUCCUCCACGUACUUACUGCCUGUUUGGAGUUUGGACUACUGAACUUGUUUGGAGUUUGGACUACUGAACCCGCUUCUUGCCGGAGCCACGGCCCCCUGAGCUCCAGCAAGACUGU